CUGGCUCUCUCUAUUUCAGAAUCCAGUCAACAUUCUUUAAAAAAAAUGCCAUCCAUGUAAGAAACGCAGCUAAACUAGACCGUUACUGCAGUUUACUAUAAAUUCAAAAGGCGGCGCCCUUUCGCCAUCUUGAAACAUGACCUCGAAUUACGCGGUCGAACGAUCCACUACCAAUAAGGAGGUUCUAAAGGUGAUCUUUGUCGUCUCGCUCAUAUGGCUGUCUAUCGGGGUCACCCUGUGGCAACUCAUUGUCUCAGUGGACGGACGAUCAGUCCAUGCAAUUCACAGCGAAAACGCAUGGGGUGAUUUUGUUCUGGACAAGGAUGACAUGUUGGACAGUGGCCGUGAGCAAACCGUUCGGAUCGCUAAGCUGAGGGACACAGGGAGGGAUGAUGACGGUGUGAAAGAGUCAAAUGACGAAGAAAACAACGACGAAAGUGACGAAAAGGACGAGAGAGAGGUCAUCGACCCCGCCCCUCACCUGCAAGCACCCCCCGCGAAGCGUGACGCACCUGGAGAGGAGGGAAAUGGUGUAGAGGACCAACCUGGCACCCCGGAGGAGAAAGCGAAGUACAAGGAAGGACUGAAACUCCACUCCUUUAACGAGUGGGCCAGCAGCAAGAUCUCUGUCCAUCGCAGUCUCUUAGAUUUCAGACAUGAACUGUGCAAAGCAAAGAAGUACUACCGACCUCUUCCACGAACCUCAGUCAUCAUCAUCUUCUACAACGAGGCGUGGUCCACGCUGCUGCGCACGGUGCACAGCGUGUUAGAGAGGACCCCUAGCGAGCUGCUGCGGGAAGUCAUCUUAGUGGACGACUGCAGCACUUUCGACCACCUUCAGGCCCCCCUGGAUGAGUACGUAUCCCAGCUGCCCGAGGUGCGGAUCAUCCGCAGUCCGACCAGACAGGGGCUCAUCAGGGCCAGGCUACUGGGGGUCAAACAUGCCAGAGGGGAGGUCCUGACGUUUCUGGACUCCCAUUGUGAGUGUAUGUACGGGUGGUUGGAGCCGUUACUGGAGAGGAUCUCCCUGAACCACACCGUGGUCCCCUGGCCUGUCCUGGACAUGAUACAGCACAAUGACUUCGCCUAUCUCUUCCAUGGUGUGAAGGGUGUGUUGUCUGUCGGUAGUGUUGACCUGGUAGACCUGAGGUUCAACUGGCACGCAGUUCCUCAGAAGGAGUUCCGAGCGAGGAAGUCUAUCAUCGACCCUAUCAGGUCACCUACCAUGCCGGGCGGAGUUUUCUCCAUCCACAAGAAGUAUUUUGAAUAUUUGGGAGGUUACGAUGACGGCAUGGAGAUAUGGGGAGGGGAGAACAUCGAGCUCUCCUUCCGGAUCUGGCAAUGUGGCGGUACCAUCGAGUUAGUGCCCUGUUCUCACGUGGGUCACGUGUUCAGGGUGACGUCACCGUACAGCGCCCCUGUCGACAAGUGGAUGAAGAACAACAAGAGACUGGCCGAAGUCUGGAUGGACGACUACAAGAAUGUCAUCUACAGGAAGCACCCAGACUACAAGACGGUUCAGUACAUUUAGUGUCAUGGUUUUAACAGGGUUUCGUAUUAUACGUCAAGGCAUGAAAAGUCUAGCACUAUUUCCAGUGACAUAAUUUUGCAGUACUCAACAGCUCGAGUCAUAUUUCAUUAUUCGGAGAAGUCUGUAUUAUUCUAUAACUGUAAUAGUGCUUGUAACCAUGCAUUACAUACACAAAGACAAACACAGGCACACACAAACACACUGA